AUGAUAAAGGCCGUAGUUAUUUGCAAUACCAGUGGAAAACCACGACUCAUUAAAUUUUAUGAUGAAACUAGCGAAAGUCAGAAACAAGAGUUUCUCCGAGAAACAUAUUCUCUUCUUCAUAGGCGGACCAACAGCUCUUGCAAUUUCCUCGAAGCCCCAACAGUACAUAAUUCACAGAGGAUAAUCUACAGACAAUACUCCACCAUUUACAUAGUUUUCUGUGUGGACCUCUCUGAGAGUGAAUUGGGCAUACUAGAUCUCAUCCAAGUAUUUGUUGAUUUGUUGGACAAAACUUUUGAAAAUGUCUGUGAAUUGGAUCUUAUCUUUAAUGCUGAUAAGGUACAUUAUCUUCUCAACGAACUUAUUUGCGGUGGAAUCGUACUAGAGACCAAUCACACAGAAAUUCUUAGUCGUCUGAAUGAACAGCAGCACUUAGGUGGCGGUUCUACGGAUUCCACCAACUCCAGCACCCCAAAGACCUCUUUCCUCUCCAACAGGAUACUUUCUGGUGUGAGGGCUGGUUCCAAUAUCAUCACCUCUGUCGUCCCUUCCACUUCCGCAAGAGGGUGGGCCUCAGCGCUGGCAUCUUCUGCUACUUCUCUGCGCAUUUCCAACAGGUUGGGUUUUCAAAACAUCUCAGAGGGCUCCGAGGAACAAAAUGUGCAGGGCUCGAAGGAGUCCAAAAAACUUUGUUUGUAA